AUGUCACUGGAUCAACAAAAGGACUUGGACAGCCUUGGAUCAGAGCAGUUGCCAUCUCUGUUCCAGGAUACCCACUCAGAAAAUCAGGAUGAGGAUCCGGCAACUUGGCACUUGAUGUUCAGAGAGUUCAUCUCUGAGGAGCACUGUGACCCCAUCCAGGAUCUGAGGCUAAUCUCUACAUUGUGCCAUCAGUGGCUGAGGCCUGACCUGCACACGAAGGAAGAGAUCCUCCAGCAGCUGGUGAUGGAGCAGUUUAUGAUCUCGGUGCCCCAGGAGGUCCAAGUCCUAGUGAAGGAGAGUGGAGUGAAGACCUAUAAAGACCUGGAGAGGGUGCUGGGAAACAGAAAGGAACCCAAGAAAUGGUCCAUUGUUGUCUUUGAAGGAAAGACAUUCCUCCUGCAGGACUCCGAGGCUGAGCUGGUCAAAGCAAAGGCUGAUGAGGAGCCAUCCCAGGAGGGCCACUCAGCUGAGAGAGAGGAGUCACUGAGCCAAGGCCAAGCUAGCACAGAGCUGCAGAGCCCGUCAGGGAUUGAAGAACCAUCUUCUUGUGAGGGAGAGGAAGUUCUUCCAGAGACUAUUCCCGAGAAGGAAGACCCAGAGUAUCUGAAACCCAAGCAGACUCUGAAAGAGCCGAUGGAGGACAGGGACAAGGGAACAGCUCUUAAACCUUGGGAGCUCGAGCUUCCACAGUCUCCUGGUUCUGUUUGGGAGCAGGGGGAGAAGAUGCCCCAGGGGGUACUAAAUAUGGAUGCUGUCACAACUCCCUGUCGUGCUCUGGAAAGAAGAGAUUUAUCUCAGAAUUCAGAUCUUCAGAACCUUAUAAGCCUCAAAACAGUGAGCUCAGACAACUCCCUGAAUUUCCAGGGAGAGCGCGAGUAUAUGGCUAAGCCAGUCAGCCCUGUAGAGUCAGGUGAUCAUCCCAUGGGCCAAAAAGCUGGGGCCCAGACCCGGUUUGGGUGUAUUGUGUGUGGUAAGCGAUUUUCUUACAAAUCUCAGUUAAUAAUCCACAUGAGGUCACACACAGGAGAGAGACCAUUUCAAUGUGGUUUCUGCAAGAAGGGGUUUUUACAGUCUUCAGACCUCCGUGUCCACCAGCGCACCCACACUGGAGAGAAGCCAUAUAAGUGCAAAUUCUGUGAUAAAGUGUUCGCGCAUGAGUCUACCCUGCUGGGUCACAACAGGGUUCACACCAAGGAGAAGCCGUUCAGGUGUGGGGACUGUCACAAACGCUUCAGCCACAAGGGGAAUCUCAACGUCCACAGCCGCAUCCACACCAACCUGAGACCCUACACCUGCAAGGAAUGUGGGUCCACCUUCCGACAGCACGGCACCUUCAAGCGACACCUGAGCAUCCACUUAAGGAAGGAGUAA